AUGGCUCUUGCCACGCCGGAGUACGUGUUUGUUUCCAAGCCUGUGGGCCACCUCUCAGCGCCCCCUGUAGGGAAACUCAGGAACACUGCUUCUUACACAGACUUCUCUGCUACACUGAUUACUAAAUGGACGAAACCCGGGGAAGCGCAAGCCUCCCGGAAGCCAGGCAGCCCAGGGCUCCCCGGGGUGGGGCGACCGACGUGGAAGAUCGUGGUGAAACGUGGGGGGGCGUUCCGGCAGGUGCUGUACGGAGACCUGCUCAGCCGGUAUCCCGAGACCCGGCUGGCGAGCUGCUUGACCUGCCUGGCUGGCGGCUACGACAGCAUCUUCUCCCUGUGCGACGACUACGACCCGGGAAGCGCGAGUUUCUACUUCGACCGCGACCCGGACGCCUUCAAGUGCGUCCUGGAGGUGUACUAUUUCGGGGAGGUGCACAUGAAGAAGGGCAUCUGCCCCAUCUGCUUCAAGGGCGAGAUGGACUUCUGGAAGGUGGACCUCAAGUUCCUGGACCAGUGCUGCCGCAGCCACCUGCGCGAGAAGCGCGAGGAGCUGGAGGAGAUCGCGCGCCGCGUGCAGCUCAUCCUGGACGACCUGGGCCUGGACGCGGCCGCGGGGCGCUGGCGCCGCUGCCAGCAGCGCGUCUGGAAGUUCCUGGAGAAGCCCGAGUCCUCGCGCCCCGCGCGCGCCGUGGCCGUGCUGUCCUUCCUGCUCAUCCUCCUCUCGUCCAUGGUCAUGUGCAUGGGCACCAUCCCCGAGCUGCAGGUGCUGGACGCCGAGGGCAGCCGCGUGGAGCACCCGACGCUGGAGAGCGUGGAGACGGCGUGCAUCGGCUGGUUCACGCUGGAGUACCUGCUGCGCCUGUUCGCCUCGCCCAACAAGCUGCACUUCGUCCUGUCCUUCAUGAACAUCGUGGACGUGCUGGCCAUCCUGCCCUUCUACGUGAGCCUGACGCUCACGCACCUGGGCGCGCGCAUGAUGGAGCUGACCAAGGUGCAGCAGGCCGUGCAGGCGCUGCGCAUCAUGCGCGUGGCCCGCAUCUUCAAGCUGGCGCGCCACUCCACCGGCCUGCAGACGCUCACCUACGCGCUCAAACGCAGCUUCAAGGAGCUGGGGCUGCUGCUCAUGUACCUGGCCGUGGGCAUCUUCGUCUUCUCUGCCCUGGGCUACACCAUGGAGCAGAGCCACCCGGAGACGCUGUUCAAGAGCAUCCCGCAGUCCUUCUGGUGGGCCAUCAUCACCAUGACGACCGUGGGCUACGGUGACAUCUACCCCAAGACCACGCUGGGCAAGCUGAACGCGGCCAUCAGCUUCCUGUGCGGGGUCAUCGCCAUCGCCCUCCCCAUCCACCCCAUCAUCAACAACUUCGUCCGGUACUACAACAAGCAGCGCGUCCUGGAGACGGCGGCCAAGCACGAGCUGGAGCUCAUGGAGCUCAACUCCGGUGGCGGCGGGGGCGAGGGCAAGGCCCUGGGCUCCCUCGGCGACCUGGACAACCUCCCACCACUGGAGCCCGUGGCCGGCAAGGAGGGGGCCUGGGGCAGCCGGCUCAAGAUUUCCCACAGCGACACCGUCAUCCCCCUCCUGACCCAGGAGAAGCACCACAGGACCCGGCUGCAGAGCUGCAAGUGACGUGGGCCGUUGGGGCGCAGGUGGGCGGAUGCUGUG